GGCGCCAAACACUUUAGGGAAUGAAAAUCGCCGGAGGAAAGCAAAACCCUGCAACCAGGCUGGCUUGGAAACUGACGCGAAUCAGAAAGGUUUUGGAGGAAGAAGGAAGAUCGUUAACAAGAGGUGCGAAAAAUGAAACCAAAGGACAAUCCAAUUAGGGCUAUAGGCCAGAGAUCCAUUAUGUCGUCCUUGGUUUUCCCAUCUUCUUCCAACCGCCGGAACGAAAUCAGCGCUCUGGAUCCCGAUGCCGCGGGAGAACAGAAGAAAAACGGUUUGGUGAAUUCUUCAAAGUUAUCGCUCUCUGAUUUCCUCAACAAGAAGCUGCACAAAACUGCCGUUCGCUCCAGAUCACUGAAGGGUAAGUCCCAGCCUUUUCUGUCGCCAUUAGGUCGUAGAACCGACAGCAGCGUUAGUGGGGGCUCAAAGGAUGACAUGGAAGAGAGGAACUCCCUGGCGGAAGUGGAUGAUGAAUUAGUGUUUCAUUUGUUUAAGAAGCCUGCUGUUGGUGAAAAGGGAAAUGCUGCUGCUGAUUCAUCAUGUGGAUUUGGCACAAUCACGAAACCAACUGAUUCCAGCAGUUUGCCUGGUUUGGGUUCUUCUCACUCAGAUUGCCCGUCCAGAACAGGGUUACAAGCUUGUGAGCAAAUAAAGCAUACUGCUGCUGCUGUUCGUAAACCGCCCUUGGUGCUGGGGGGUGAUCAACAAGAGAGAAACAGGGCAGCUGAAGAUAGAUUCAAUAACAAGAAAAAGCAGGAAAAGGUCUACAAUCAUUAUGCUAAUGGCUCUGGUUGGUGGGACUGCGACAUGGAAGGUGUUGAUUCAGAGGAAGUAGGAUUUGGUGAGAUAUGGGAAGGUGUGGGUACUACAACGUUCGGUGGAAUAGAAUGGCACUGAUUUUCUCUUUCUUUCUUGUGAUCUCAGCUUCAGCAGUUCUUUUUCCUUUUUCCUUCACUGCUUCAUCCAAUUGCCUGUUUGAAAGCCAGGCAAUAUCUCUAAUCGUGUAUAUUUUCUAAGGUCGGGACUCUUUAAGAAAUCUAAGCACUGUUA